GGGCUGAAUGGGCCACCGGGCCCACCAGGGCCACCCGGGCCACCGGGAGCACCCGGGGUGUUCGACGAGACGGGCAUCGCGGGGCUGCACCUCCCAGAUGGAGGCGUGGAAGGGGCCGUGCUGGGGAAUGGGAAGCCAGGGAAGCCGCAGUACGGCCGAGGAGAGCUCUCUGCCCGCAUCGCGCCAGCCUUCACCGCCAUCCUCACCUCCCCAUUCCCGGCGUCGGGCAUGCCGGUCAAGUUCGACCGGACUUUGUAUAACGGGCACAAUGGCUACAACCCUGUCACCGGGAUAUUCACCUGCCCCGUAUCCGGCAUCUAUUACUUUGCCUACCACGUGCACGUCAAAGGGACCAACGUUUGGGUGGCACUUUAUAAGAACAACGUGCCCGCCACCUACACCUACGACGAGUACAAAAAGGGUUACCUGGACCAGGCCUCGGGCAGUGCCGUGCUUGAACUCAAGGAGAACGACCAAGUCUGGGUACAAAUGCCCUCAGACCAGGCCAACGGGUUGUACUCCACGGAAUACAUCCACUCCUCCUUCUCUGGGUUCCUGCUCUGCCCCACAUAA